GUUAAUAUGGGUGGGGCUUGAGAGGGAAUUUAAAGGUUAGCCAACAUACAGGUGCCAGAAAUCAGUGAAUGAAACCUGCGCUGGACAUAACAGUCUGCCCUGGUCAGCUGUAUUGAACAACACCAUCGCCAGGUUUGAGAAACUCAGGACCCAAAAGCACAACAGAAUUGGUGAUGGCAGGCAGAAGGGACUGUAGAGCAAGAGCACAGAGAAGCAGCGCCAUCCAAGACAAGGUGUUUAAUGAUCCCAUCCACGGUCAUGUGGAGUUACAUCCACUUCUCGUCAGAAUCAUAGACACACCUCAGUUCCAGAGGCUACGAAACAUCAAGCAGCUCGGAGGGGCCUACUAUGUUUAUCCUGGAGCAUCCCACAACCGCUUUGAGCACUCGAUUGGGGUAGCAUAUCUGGCAGGAGAGUUUGCACAAGCUCUGAGAACAAGGCAGCCUGAACUCGACAUCACUGACAGAGACGUCCUUUGUGUGAAAAUUGCAGGACUUUGCCAUGACCUGGGACAUGGGCCCUUUUCCCACCUAUUUGAUGGAAUGUUCAUUCCUAAAGCACGUCCAGGUGAAAACUGGAGGCAUGAACAAGCUUCUGUGGAGAUAUUUGAUCACCUCGUGAACGAUAAUAACCUGAGGCCGGUGAUGGAGGAACAUCAACUGGUGCUGCCUCAGGACCUGAACUUCAUCAAGGAGAUGAUUGGAGGAUCUCUGGGCCCUAAUGAAGCUCAAGGAGAGGAGUGGCCAUAUGAAGGUCGAGGACAGGACAAGUCCUUCCUCUAUGAAAUCGUGGCCAACAAAAGAAAUGGCAUUGAUGUGGACAAGUUUGACUACUUUGCCAGGGACUGCCACCACCUGGGCAUCCGAAACAACUUUGACCAUCAACGCUUCUUCCUGUUUGCCAGAGUGUGUGAGGCGGGUGGGUUGAAGCAAAUCUGCUCCAGAGACAAGGAGGUGCACAAUCUGUAUGAUAUGUUCCAUGCAAGGAGCUGUCUCUACAGAAAAGCCUACCAGCACCCUGUGAACAAGAUCAUAGAGCACAUGAUCGCAGAUGCCUUCUUGAAAGCAGAUAAACACAUCCAGAUUGAAGGUUCAGAGGGGAACAUGUAUAAUCUCUCCACUGCCAUUGAUGACAUGGAGGCCUACACCAAGCUGACAGAUCGAGUGUUUGACCUAAUACUCACUCCUCCUUCACAAAUAUACAUUUCCAGCCAUGAGCAGGCUAGAAAUGUGAGGCAAAUUCUCAUCAGAGCUGGAGAACACCCAGAGCUGGAAGAGGCAAGGAGGAUUCUUCAGAGGAUCAUAGAUCGAAACUUCUACAAGUAUUUGGGCCGACCUGACACUGGGAAUGAGAGACCCACCGAGGAUGACAUUCACCAGUGGAAAGAGGAAUUAGCUCAAGUCGUCCCAGAGGAGAAUGCUCAGGAUGAUGAGUUUGAACCAGAGGACUUUGAAAUUGUUGUCACUACUGUAGAUUAUGGCAAUAGAGAGAAUGACCCCAUUGGUAAUGUGAAUUUCUACAACAAGUAUGCACCUGACAGAGCAAUCCCCAUCUCCAGAGAGCAGGUGUCCAGGCUGCUCCCACAGAACUUUUCUGAGCACAUCAUCAGGGUUUACUUGAAGAAUGAAGACAGGAAUCUGGCAGCUGCCAAGAGGCACUUUGUCCAGUGGUGUGAAACCCAUCCCUUUCAAGUACUUGAGGAGGGAAACCCUGAUGAAAAUGUGUAAGAUGUGGAAAAUGUGGAAGAUGUGGAAAAUGUGGAAGAUGUGGAAGAUGUAGCUCCAAACUGAAAAAAAGCAAAUACUCUCUGGUUCUUGCAUUGGUUCUAUAUGAUUGAUAAUGAUUAAAAAUGAGAUGAGAGUAUAAAUGAGAGUGGGUUGUUACAUAUUAAGGUCCUGUACUCAGACUUUCUCAAGUGCUGCCCAAUAUUAUACACAUAUUUAUAUGUAUACAUCUUCAGCUUUGUUUUAGACUACUGUCUCCAUCUGCAGCUGUAUAUGUCACAUUUUAAACUGAAUCACUCUUUUUUACACCAUGUGCGUGCUAAAAACAUGUCUUCAUGACACAGCAUGUUCCAGGGCUUUGUUUCAUUAGGCCGUCAGUUUAAGUUUUUAACUUGUGGUUUUUGGGAUUUUUAAAUAUUUAGUUGUAUUUGCUUUUAUUGUUAAUUGUGUGAGUUAACAUGGAAAUCUGAUUAGACAUUACUUUGACUUUGAAUGAUUUUUGAUCAGAGGUUGUUUUGGUGGCUGUGGUUAAUUUACUAUAUCUUUGUUCAUUUACAACAUUUAUUGUUACUUAGUCACUUUCCUUUUUUUAGUUUGUUUUUGAAUCAGUUUUAUUGGUGACAUUUUAUCAUGUAAUUUUGCUUUGAAUUUCUAUACUUUCAGCUAAAUGAAAUAAGACAAAUAAUUUUGACUCAAUCAUUUAUUACUAUUGCGAUUACAUUAUAUGUCACUAUAUAGGUCAACUUGUAUGUUUCUUUCUUCAAUGUAACGACCUGCAUGAAUAUGGUUAAGGCAAAGUUUGGGUAUCAUAUUUAGCUCAUGGUGUGAAAAUUCAUAAUAUUUUUGGUUUGUUAUGGGACUGUAAUGGGAACCCUUUUCAACUUCUUCCUAUUGAGACAGUUUGAUAAGAUUGUACCUGCUCUUUGAAAUAAAGGUUAUUUUCUCCUUGC